UGGUUCCUCCUCUGGUGAAAUCAGCUGCUGAGUUCAUGGGUGGAAUAAACAUAUGGCAGGACUUUUACUUUCUGACCCCUGGAGGGUCCACCUCUGGUUGCUGCUAACCCGUACUGCCUGAGGUCUUCCAGUCAGAAAGUCCAACAGCCAGUUGAACAGCAAAGUGUUGAGCCCCAGCUGGAUCAGUUUGUAAAUGAACUGUUGAGGGAUGAUUGUGUUGAAUGCUGAACUGAAGUCUAUAAGCAGCAUUCUGACGUAUGAGUAUUUUUUUGUCCAGAUGUGUGAGUGCUGAGUGGAGGGUAGUGAUGCGGUUAAAGCGGUUGGAAACUAAAAUAUGCAAACUGGAAGGGGUCCAGCGAGGGGUGGAAGGGGGACAGACUUUAUACAGUGCAUGGCUAGCCGUUCAAAGCACUUCAUGAGUCAAUGAAGCAGGAUGGAGAUGGCUUCUUCAGGACUGGAAUGGUGGUGGUAGCUUUGAAGCAAGUGGGGACAACGGCCUGACUAAGUGAGAUGUUGAAAAGACUUCAGUGAAUUCCACUGCACAGUCUCUCAGUACAAGACCAGGAAUAUGUACAGCUUGGCACAUCAUACAUUAUCUGUCAAAGCCUUUGGCAGAAGUUUUCAUAAUUUCAUAAUUUUCAUGACCUGCCUACUGUAAGCACAAUAUCCAAAAUAAUCUUAGGAUACAUGUUGUGAUAUAGCCAAUAUAUUUUCCUAUUUGACCUGAUUGUGUCAAUAUUGAUGUCUUUAAAAUUGCACAGAUCCUUGUAGAGGUAAUUUUGUUUGAAUGAUGCAGAUGACUAAGUUUUUCCAUUGUUACUUGGAAUGAGUUAUUAUUUCAAACCUUUAAGGCCCAUUUCCGUCACUCAGGCAUAUUAAUAACACUGGCGUUGGUCAGUACUUUGUUUAGUGUGAGUGACUAGAAGUCUCACUAUAGUUGUGGUAGUGAUUUCACAUCCUCUUUCUACUCAGAUAUGGACACGUAAAUGCCCUGAAUAAAUGGCAACCUAAAAUGUGUUUUAUGAUGUAAAGUUAUAUAUAUAUACACAAAGGUUACACCAACAAAACCAAAUUUAAGGUUAACCUGAAUUAUACUGAUUUUAAAUGUGUGUCUAAUGAAAUUCAACUGAAUUAAAACUUUUUAAACAUAUAAUCAUUCAAAAUCAAAGCAGCAAAACAGCCACAAGGCACAAAAACUUUUGCUGAUUUUUUUUCGACCCCCUGGAGAUUUGCUCAUUAGACGUACGUAUGUGAAACAGGAAACACAGCCGCUGUUGUAUUUGCCUAUUAAUGGAUUGUCACAGAGUCUAUAAAUAAUAACUAUACUUGGGCCCUCAUAUGUCAGCAGAUGUGCACACAGCAAAAACUGAGUUUAUUUGAGUCUACGCUUCAAAAUAAACACUGAACUGGAGUUAAAGGUAAUAAGAUUAAGGGAUUACUAGAUCGAUGAUUGAUCAUUAGUGAAGACACCUGAUGUUAACAAGCAGAAUCACUGAAGGAAAGAGUUUAUAAGUUUAUUAAACACAUCACUGUUAGCAAUUGAUGUAAUUUUAAAAUAUAUUUUACAACAAUACACUGUAUUCAUGGUUUCGGGAUUGUCACCACUGUUGAGGAUUGUACGACAACAAUACAAAAUACAACAUCUUAGUGUAUUAAUGCUACUAUAAUCACAGCAACACUGCUGUAUAAACACAGAAUUGUGUUGUAUUAAGUCAACAGUAUGUUUCUUGUAUAUUGUUUGCUGUAAAUUCACGGCAAUUAGUUGCCAGGAGUUUCCUGUAAAAAUACAAUACGUUUUUAACAGUGAUUUAUAUAGCAUAGAAAACAGCACAAAUAUGUUAAGUUGCUGGUCAUGUUUUUGUAACGUAAACCGUAUGGUUAUACCUUACAUCAUUCUGAGUCCAGUCUCUGAUUAUAUGGGUGGUGUGGUAAUUUUACAUUAUUGUAGUGAUGGGAGAAACAAACCUUUUUGAAGCUUCAAAUGAGUUGAACCAAUUGUUUUGCAAAAUAAUUAAAGUGAAGUGACAUUCAGCCAAGUACUCAGAAUUCGUGCGCUGCAUUUAACCCAUCCGAAGUGCACACACACAGAGCAGUGAACACACACACACACACACGGAGCAGUGGGCAUCAUUUAUGCUACGGUGCCCGGGGAGCAGUUGGGGGUUCGAUGCCUUGCUCAAGGGCACCUAAGUCGUGGUAUUGAAGGUGGAGAGAGAACUGUACAUGCACUCCCCCCACCCACAAUUCCUGCCGGCCCGGGACUCGAACUCACAACCUUUCAAUUGGGAGUCUGACUCUCUAACCAUUAGGCCACGACUUCCCCAAAACUGAUUCAAAGCAUUCAAACACCCCACACUAGUGAUGCCUGUUGGUCAAAAGUGUGUAAAUGCAACAAAACUCAAGCUAAAACAUGCAUGAUAACAGCUUAAAAAAAAACUCAAAUGUUUUACUGAAUGUGUAAUACAUUAAAUGUAAUAAAGAAAUUAUGAAAUCAUGUUAGAUAAUGUGUUUUUAAAAUAUUUUAUAUUAAGUGUCUUUUUUAAUGUGCUAUGUUUACGUCACUAGUCACUAGAGGAAAGGGGAAAUGAGGUGGAAAUGACGCCGGUCUGGUUAUAAAUGAGGCUGCUAAUCCUUCUUUAUUUCUCUUCAUAUGUCAUCUGCUUUCAGCUGAUGAGUCGUCCUGCGCUACGGUGUUUCUUUGGUGAUGUCAGUCAGAAUGGCUCUUCUUCUUCCUCUCAUCUUCUCUCUCAUGAUUCACAGGGUUUCUAGUGCUGGUUGGGGUGGGAAUUACAGACCUUCACACAUCUGUGCACUAAAGAACUCAUCAGUGAUAAUGAGCUGCAAUUAUACAUACCCUACUGGACAUAAGAUCAAGAAAGUGUUCUGGACCAAAACACCUGUUAAAGAUGGAAGUAAAGAAUCAAGUGAAGAAGGAGAGCAACAUAAAGAUCUGUCUGAGGACCCUGAAUACAGUCAGAGGCUUCAGUAUUUGGGAGAUAAACAGAAUAACUGCACCAUCAGACUGAGUCAUGUGACACAGAAGGAUGAACACAUGUACUAUUUCAGAUUCAUCACUGAUGAUGAUGAUGAUGAUGAUAAUGAUGUUGAUGAUGAUGAUGAUAGCCAGGAACAGACAAGUGAUCCAGGAGUGACUCUGACUGUCACAGAUCUUCAGGUGGAGUCUCCUGAGACAGUGAGAGAGGGAGAUUCAGUCCGUCUGACAUGUAAAAGCAGCUGCACUCUGACUGACAGAGCAACAUUCAUCUGGUUCAGAAACUCACAGCCAUUAACUGAAAAAAGAGACAGAAAAAAUCAACUCCAGCUGCAGUCAGUCAGAAGAGAGGAUGCAGGCAGAUACAGCUGUGGUGUACAGGGACACACUUACAUCUCUCCUGCUGUUCAGCUCAGUGUCACCUGCUAA